AUGGCAUCGAUUGAUCUGUUUUGCGCUUAUGCAGUUAUGCAGACAAUUCUCUACUUGUUAGAAAUAUUAUAUAUUACAGUCCGUGGUGCAACCACUGGCAAAGGUUUCUUUCUGAGAAUACUUGGAGAAUAUUUUCAUAGGACUGAACCUAUUUUAUUGGAAAUUGAUCAAAACGAUAUCGUUUUCUUCAUUGAUAACGAUAAAACAAUACAAGCGAUAUCGCGACGAAUACGCGACGACGAUCGUGGCACACCUUGUCCAGUGAUCAUAAUUUCGAAAAAGGCGCCAGUAGGCUUCAGUGCUUUUGGCCAAGCUAAAAACGAUUUGCUAAAGUGGGUUUUAAAUGACUGUUAUAAUGCUGAAACUCGUAUUCUUAACUUGAGUAAUUUUUCGCUCGGAGACCAAUAUCGCCCAAUAACUAAUGCUUCUAGUGAACGUUCAGUUUUAGGCAUUUCACCAAAUUUUUAUCAGCUUUCAUCAUUCCUACAUUAUUUUUACGCAUAA